AUGGUCUUUCGUUUGUCCCGAGGGGUUUGCAAGCCAGGCAUAGCUCGUUACCAGCGCUUUGAGCUCGGGAGCACUGCACGGCAGCAGCAGCGAUGGUCACAGCAGCGACAGCAACAACCGAAGUGGCAUCAGCAGCAGGUGCUGCGGAAUGUGCAUCGGCAGAACGUAUUGAUGUCCACCGAAGCUGUGCUACGGCUGAACCUGCAGCAGCCCGAAGUUCCAGCGGGGACGUCUAUCAGAAGCAGCAAUGACGGCAGCAGUAGGGGCGAAGGCAGCAGCUGCAGCCGCUCCUGCUACAGUAGCCUCCACCAGGGGCCUGCUGCAGCCUUUCAGGCUACCUUCAGUCGCCCUCGGCGUUGCAGUGCAGUUCAUUUAGAGACGGUAUCUUCAGCAGCAGUUGGGGGGCGCCUGCUGCAGAGGGCGUCGACGAGUUCUGCUGCGGCUGUUUCUGUAUUGGACAGCAGCAGCAGUGGCUUAUGCAGGUGCUGCGUCAGCUGCAGAAGAGACGGCAGGAAGGUUAUUUUUCACGACUUGGCGGUUACCACGAGUCAUAGGGGCGUUUCACAGAUAACUCACCUCCUAGUGCAGCAGAGGCAGCAGCGGCAGGGGCAGCAACAGCAGCAGGAAGGGAGUUUGUGGUGGGAGGAUGCAGAUACGGAAGGCCAAAUAUAUGCCUCCGCUACUUCAUCCGCUUGUGUUAAACUUUAUCGCACAUCUGUGCAGGAGCAGGAACAGCAGCAGCAACAGCACCAGCAGAAGAAGCAACAACAUCAUCACAACGCGGACGGUGUCGGGGCUACGGAGCGACCGGGUUGGAACCUGGCAAAAGCAGCAGAUGCAGCCGGCACUGCUGCUGCUGUGGCUUCACCUGAUCACACCACUCGCCAGCCGAAGAUAUCAGCACCACCCAAGGCAGCUGCAGCAGGAGCAAAAGCGGCAGGAUUAGCGACGAGAGAGGUUUCUCUGUUUCUGCUGAGUACUCCUCUCACCUCAGAAGAACGCCACGCACUGGUUUCCCUUUGGCGGCGUCUGUCGUCUGCGCAUUCCCUUCUCAAGUUGCCCCAUGGCGCAUCCGCGGGGCCCCCUCUUGCUGCCUUCCUGGAGGCUCGGUGGGGGCUCCCGGCUUCGUUGCUUUCAGCAGUACACACGCAGCGGGCCUUCUUCCGCUGGCUCUACAGUGCACUACAGCGACACCAGGGGCAGCAGUACCUGCGCGUGCAGCAGGAGUCGCAUCAACAACAACAGCUGCAACAGCAAGAGCAGGAAUGCGCACACCAGCCACAGCAGCACCAUGAAACGAGUAACCUGGACAAGCUGCAGGCUGAGGCUUUCAAUGAUUUGCUGCGGUCGAUAAGAGGUCAGUUCGACCUCCACGAAGCAGCAGAAGCCAGGAGGGCGAAGCAGCAGCAGCAACAGCAGUCGUACGAGAGGCUGCAAGCGCUGCUGGAACAGUGGAAGAGGGCGGUGCGAGGCUUUGAAGAAAAAGACCUGCUAAACAGCACUUACCAACUGAUUCUCGAAGUCUGUGCUGCAGUUGAUGGGCCUCCAGGGGCCCCUCCGGGGACCCCUGGCAGUCUGAAAGACCCCACAGCCUCUCCUCUGCUCCCUCCUGCAGCAGGCCCGUUGCUUGCUCUCUAUCGAAUAUACCUGGCGAGAGGUGGCGUCUCUGCUGUUAUCUCGUACAAGAAUAUCUUGAAGCUUGUGGACCUGACGGCACCUGAGCUUUGGUUUCCCGUCGCUCGGCAACAGCAGCGUCGGGUUUCUCUUUCCCUGGGGCCUCCGAACAGUGGGAAGACCAGGGGGGCGCUUUUACGGAAAAAAGGGGUAAAGUGCUCUCUGAUCACGGGUCCUUUGAAGAUCAUAGAUACAGAAGCGACUCACGUGUGCAGCACAGUAGAGGCUGCGCCUUUAGAUAAGGACUUUUCCGUUGGGGUUAUCGACGAAGUGCAACUAUUGGCCGACCCCCAAAGAGGGCCCGCGUGGACCAGAGCGUUCUUAGGCCUCAGGGCACGUACUCACCUGCCUCUACGAAUGUUGCUGCUGGCGCUGCUGGUGCCUUCCCUUGCGUGA